GCACAACGUCCUUCCAAAAAAACACGCUUUAUGUGUAGACGCGUUCUGUCCGUGAAUUAAAAAAUAAUAUAUUUAUGUACAUGACUUAAUGUAUUGAUAACCUUAUGCCGCUCAGGUUAAUCAGUUGGGUGUUGAUUGUCUUGGCUGACACUUGACUUACUUAAUUUGUUUUGUUUGUGUGGAAAAGAAACGAUGUAUAGUAAUAUGUGUAUAAAAAUAUGUGUUAUUAGUUUCAUAUUAGUGUCGUCUGCUGUAUGUGCUAAAAAUGUAUGUCGAAAUGGUUCCAAUUGUAAGAGAGUAACGCUUUGUGAAGCCAUAUAUGGGAAUCUGCAGACAAACAACAAACAAUUGUUCGUUAAUUUACUCAGAGAACUUCACUGUGGUUUUGACACCGAUGGAACUCCCAUGAUAUGCUGCCCGCCAUUUCUCACAUUAAAUGAAACGUUGAGUGGGGCAGAUUUGUUACCAAAUACGACAGUUUGUGGCAUACAAAAUGACAAUAGGAUUGUGGGCGGCACACAGACAGAAAUUGAUGAACAUCCAUGGAUGGCGCUGCUGAAGUAUACGAAACCAAAAGGCAGUGGAUAUUACUGUGGUGGAGUCUUAAUAUCCUCCAGAUAUGUUCUCACAGCGGCACAUUGUAUAAAAGGAGCGGAUUUGCCAUCAACAUGGAGUUUAAAUGAAGUGCGUCUCGGAGAAUGGAAUCUAAAAUCUAAUGAAGAUUGCAACAAAGACGAUUGUGCCUUGCCUGUUGUGAAUGUUCCUGUUGAAGAAGUUAUAGCUCAUGAGAAGUAUAAUGCACACGAUGGAAAUCAGCAACACGACAUAGCGCUAAUAAGAUUGGCGCAUGAAGUUAAUUUUACUGACUUCGUGAAACCGAUAUGUUUACCAUACACUUCAGAAUUUGAGAGGAAGACAUUUGAAGGAUUGACAAUGGAAGUUGCUGGGUGGGGAAAAACCGAAACAAAAUCUACAUCAGACGUGAAACUCAAAGUGCGUCUGCCAGUAAUAAGGCAGGACGAUUGUAAAGAUGUUUAUUCAGCUGCGAACAGAGUGAUAACGGAUAAGCAAAUGUGUGCUGGUGGUGUAUCGGGUGAAGACUCUUGCAGAGGUGACUCUGGCGGCCCACUUAUGGGUCAAGAUAAUAAGAAUAAUAAGGGUAAUUGGUUCGCGGUGGGGAUAGUGUCUUACGGACCAUCCCCGUGCGGUACAAUUGGAUGGCCCGGAGUCUACACGCGUGUUACGCACUUUACCGACUGGAUUAUUAACAAUAUGCGUGCAUAAUUUCUCAUUCCUGAGUCUGUUUAGGAGACUUGUUUAUCGUAAGAACAACUUUUAGAACAUUCAAUAUUGAAGGACCAAGAGACGCAAUAACAAAUUAGAAAUAAAUAAACAUAGAAAUACUUUGUAUCCAUAGUAAUCCUGAAUUCGUAAUACAAAGAUCCCAAAGCUAUAUCGAUGAGAAAUUUUCACGCUGAUUCCAUAAUAUAAUGUUUAAAUAUAAAUUAUUCAAAACAAUUGUUUAUUUUUCCAAGUAUACUAUAAACUUGUGUCUGUUAAUACUUAUUGAAGCAUGCUGUAUAAAGAUCAAGGUCUAAUUGAUCUCAAUCCGUCAAGGCCGUGAAUUUGCAUUACCUACCUAUUGGAAUCGCUUCGAAAUGAAGCAUUUUUAAAUGUGCCAUUUUAUCAUUUUGUUAAAUAUACCAUAUUUAUAAUAUAAAAA